AUGGCUACGACUAUAGACGGAAGCAAAAGUACGAGCUUGAACGCUACGGCCCUUCCCAUCUCACAUACAGUUGACUCGGACAACCAGAAACCGGCUAUUGUUGCCGAACCUUUGCACGGGAAACCGGAUAUCGAGCAUGCUAUUGUAGAAGACGAUCCUAGAAAAUGGGGGCCAGCCAGAAAGAAUGCUAUAUUAGCAAUUGUUUCUGGAGCCUCUAUGAUCGCAGGACUUGCUGCAAAUAUUCAAAACCCUGCUAAUGCACAAAUCGAACAAGACUUGCACACGACAAGCGGCAACAUAAGCUGGAGCUUAUCUCUAUUCAUUCUUGUCCAAGGGAACUUCCCUAUAAUAUGGAGCGCCAUUAGCGAAAUAAAAGGCCGAAUGCUGGUGUACGUGCUAUCCAUUUCAUUAUUUACCAUCGGGUCGAUUGUAGUAGCCACCUCCAACACUAUCGGGCUCCUUAUAGGCAUGCGAAUCCUUCAGGCCGCAGGGUCCAGUGCCGUGAUGGCCAUUGCUGCUGCGACGCUAGCCGAUAUAUAUGAAUCGCAUGAACGCGGUACAAAGAUGGGUAUAUACUACUCGGCGCCCCUUCUGGGCCCCUCAUUGGGCCCUAUAUUGGGAGGCGCCCUCACGCAAGGCUUCAACUGGCGCGCCGUAUUCUGGUUCCUUGUCGUCUGGGGAUUCAUCAUCCUCAUGGCGUUCCUGUUCUUGUUCAAAGACACGUUCCGCAGGGAACGCAGUCUGACGUAUCAACAUGUUUUGAGGAUGCGGAUGAGGGAGAGGGCACAUGAGCAUUCGAAGAGGUCGAGUCAGGCGACGGUGAUCACUUCUGCUGCUGAGAAGACGGUGGGAUCGGAGGAAGCGGUGACGGAUCGUGGGCAUAGUACUGAGCUUGACCACGCCGUGCCUCAGGAUCUCGAAGCACAAACCAAGAAAAGCGGCGGUACCCCGGCACCACCCGCUUUAACAGAAGUGAAACUGUCCCUCAAAGAUGUUAACCCCUUUCCGCCGCUCUGGAAAAUCCUCAAACGAAAGAACAACAUCUCUAUCCUCAUCCCUUCAGGUCUGAUUUUCGCAUUCAGUUAUAGUAUGUCAUAUACUUGUGCUCGAACCCUCGCGGACUCGUAUGGUUAUGAUGCAUUAAAAACUGGCCUUGUCCUCUUGUCUCUCGGUGUAGGUAGUAUCGUGGGCAGUCAACUAGGCGGUCGCUGGUCCGACCGAACAUUAGCCAAACUCAAGGCCCAAAACGGCGGACGAAGCUAUCCAGAGAUGCGUUUAGAAAGCACGAAACUAGCCAUGCCAUUUCUGCCUUUAUCCGUCAUAGCCUAUGCUUGGAUAUGCGAGAAACACGUGAACGUAGCUGCUAUCUGCGUCACGCUCUUCCUCGCUGGGUUCUUCUCUAUAUGGAUAUAUACAAGUACACUAGCUUACAUAGUUGAUGCAAACAAGGGUCGUUCGUCCACCGCUGUCGCAGCAAACAGCGCUUUCAGAGGUGGGUCAGCUUUCGUGGCCGCUGAAGUGGCGAUUCCUCUUCAGAACGCCAUUGGUGACGGGGGUUUAUACACAUUAUGGGGGGGCUUGUUGAUCAUUACAGAACUCUUGAUAUUGGUGGUGAUAUACAAGGGAGAGAAGUGGCGAGAAGAGGGCGAAGCAGAGGAUGAAGAUAAGCCGGGUAAGUGA